AUGCCUAUGCGCAUCAACCACUCAGCACUGAAGAAUGGCUCUGCUUCUCCCAACCAGUCACAACAACAAAGUUCUGGAGGUCUUCCCAGGCGUAGCAAUUCUGUCAGUUCACCCACCUCAGUCGAUAAUGGGAUUCUCCGUGGUGGACGACAAAAACGUCAUCGCUAUGGUAGUGGAGCCUCUUUAGGGGGCUCUGACACCCAGCAGCCAUGUAGAAAGUCACGUAGGAACAGAUCUUCAGUUGGAAACAGCAUUCAUGAUACUCUUCCCGUUGCAAAUCCCGCUACUGAUGCCAUCUGUAACGCUAAUUUUGUAUCGGGAGGUGGUAGUAAGUGUUUUGGUGAUUCGGGAGAGUCUGAUUCCAACUCUCGCAUGGAAGCUAUUAAGACAGCAGUUGAAGAAGUUGCUGCAGUGCAAGUUAGCGUUCGUGUCGACGAUGAUGGUUCAGGAACACAGACUCCACAGAGUAAUGAUGAAGGCAACAACAGCGAAAAUGAAGACGAUCAAGUCGCGAAACUGCCAUCAACGUCAUUUCCAGACCCUGAAUCUACCUGCGAUUCUGCGACUACUGUUAUCGCUGUUGACAAGAAUAUUCAACGAUCUCUUUCCUCCACCAUUUCCAUCGUUCCUCGUUCAAUUAGCUGUGAUUCCUCCAUUCCUUCCACUUCAUCUUCAGCUCUCCCCGUGGACGCAGCAUUUAGGCAACAGGUGGUUGGUGCAUGCACAACCACUCGCCUUCCCAAGUCCAGUCUUUCAAGCUUCUCCUCUGUCACUUCCCUCGUUGAUACCGUUCUCGAGCCCCUUUCUAUGCUCCCGUCACCAGGAGAGCUCGUCCUUUCCGCACAACAUCGGGCGACGGAUGAUUCAUCCUCCCAGGGUCUUUAUAAUGAGAGUUCUUCCUCAUCCCUUUCAAAUUUCCGAAAGUCAUCUUCCAAGGUUACCCGCAAACGCAUCGGCGUUGUUACUGCCGUCUCCAGUAAACGUGGAAAAAGGAAACUUGAACCGGUUUUGCGUGAACAUCCAAAGAAGCUCGCUCGGAAGGUACUGAAAGUGGGAGUUAAUAUAGAGCUGAAUAUGGACGUCGAUACAGCAGCCGAGGCUCAACCGCAUAUCUACCCUCUGCGCUCAAGGAUCCGUCAGGAGCAGUUACGCAGAGAGUGGGAGGAGAGGCAAGCUGCUCCUCGCCAGUUAGAUAGUCUUCCCUUCGAACUCAUUCUCCGCAUCAUCCAAUAUCUCAGUGUUCAAGACCUCUUCUCCCUUCAGUGCCUCAAUAAGCGACUGAAGAUCAUCACGGCAAGGCAUCUGAGUACACUAAAACGGAUUAACUUCAGCUCGGGAUUGCCCUUUGCAUACCUGCCGAGAAAGCUUGACGACACUGCGUUAAGGCGCAUUCUAACCUACACCCCCGAGGUCACCCACAUUCUUGGUUUUUAUCCUCGUCGCAUUUACGACAACACUUCACCUGAGUUGCAGCACAUCGCCCAUGCUCUCACCUACGAUGGGGUGUUUGAAGCAUUUCGGAGUUGCACAAAACUCCGCUCGGUCGAGUUGAUGGAUGUAGGUCUGAUGAGCCUCCUUGUGAACCGUCUGCCUAAUGUUAAGUUCCAUGGUAUGUUUCGAAAUCGACCUGACAGUUGGGAUAGCGAAUAUGCGGUUCCUAUGCCACCAGAGCCUGCUCCACUGCCUAGUCCAUCAGCUGGUCCUUCCACCUCUUCUUCGACUGGAAAUAAUCUUGCCUGUGCCGCGGCUACUUUCGUUCAGCGAGCUGCUGCUAGCGGAGCUCGAUUAGCAAGGUGGUUUGAACCCGUAGGGGAAGUGCCACAACUUCAGGGAUCACCGUGCUGUCCACAGUACACCUACCUCUAUCCCCACACUCAUCGCGUCUUUCUUCAACCACACUUCCACAUGCAAACUCAACGUAACGUCAAUCAGGAAGCGCCAUUGACAGAACCACCUCUGUCAGCAACAUCACUUUCGUCAUCAAAUGCGGGCGGGGAGCAGAGCGCGUACGGGUCGAUGAUGGCGUUCGCUAUCGCUACAGCGUUUGUGUCGCCGGAGGGUAUGCAAGCGCGAAAUGAUUUGAAUACAGGGCGGAGAGUGAGAGGCAGUGCGUGGAGUAACACCAGUGGUGGGGUGAUGACGCAUCUGCGUAGACCUCCGAUCAACACAUUGCUCUCUGGUGUUUCGGCUGCUGCAGCUGCUGUAGCGGCAACAGGAGGCAUUGGGGAUGCGCGAACUAGUGCACCGGUUUCACCUUUCCCAAUACUCACUCGCACGCCGUCAGUUACUCUUCCUCUAGCCAUCUCUAAUCUAACAAAGCUUGAUCUCGUCUCUGUAGCCAUUUCAGUUCUACCCAGGCUUGAUAACGUCAAGUACCUUCACUUAAAGUGGGUGAGUUUUGAGCACAUUUCGAAUUAA